AUGCACCGAUUGCAUACAUUCAUCCUUAGAGAUGUUGUGGCCAUAAGGGAGUCUGUACGAUUAGAGGGUCAGUCCAUGCUUUUCCCUGAGAACGCUGAUAUGAUUGUAACAAGUUCGAUAUUGGAAUCACUAGCAAAUUAUGAAAUAAGGGAUUUAAAUUUUCUGAAUACCUUAAGGCCUUUUCUGAACACACAUGCAGUACAUUUUUGCCACGAACUAUACAAUUUUGCUACUAGUCCUUACGAAAUUGGGGAAUAUGAUUUCAAUGUGCAACAUACACAUCCUCCGCAUGAUAGUGAAUUGACUGCUCCAUUUUAUCAAGAACAAUCACCACCAAUCAUUGGUGAAAUCAAUGUACUGCAUUCAGUUAAUGAAGAACCCCAAAGUAUAAAUAUAAUAGAAGAUAGUUCUAGAACUGAUUACACUGAUGUUGAAAUUCCAAGUCAAUCCUUGCGUUCUACAGAUCCACUUAAUUCGUCCUCUAUUGACCAGCCAUCUACAUCUACUGGAAUUCGAGAUUCUUUGGAUAGACAAAAUGAUAGGUAA